AAGGCGCAAAGCAAAACAAAGAGUGAUACCCAAAGCCAAGAUGAUUGGUAGGCAUAAAAGAGUCAAACGAUUGUACCUCACCAAAAAGUCCUUCCCUUCACUUCCUUCUCAUACCUAAAAGUUUGAAUCUCAGUUUCAUCACAAUCUUCAACACAAAAUCCAAAGAAGUUCAGGAAUUUACGGAUGGACUAUCGUGAACACAUUGUAAUGCUACCAUUCAUGGCCCAUGGUCAUCUCAUACCAUUCCUAGCACUAGCAAGACAGAUCCAACAAAGAACUGGCUUCAUCAUCACAAUCGCCACCACAAAACUCAACAUCCAAUACCUCUGUUCCUCCAUUUCAACUGACUCAAAUUCACAACCCCUCUCCAAAAUUCGCUUUGCUGAGCUCCCCUUCAACACCACUGACCCUGACUUACCACCCAACACUGAGAACACUGAGUUCUUGUCCCCUUCCAGCAUUGGAAACUUCCUUCAUGCAUCUCUCAGUCUCAAAGACCCUCUCUUGCAACUUCUCAAUGGUAUUGUCCACCAAGAAGGGAAACCUCCUCUAUGUGUAAUCUCUGACGAGCUCUUUGGGUGGGCUACUGAGCUAGCAAAGAGUGUAGGCACUGUGAAUAUUGCAUUCACCACUACUGGUGCUUAUGGCACCUUGGCUUAUGUCUCUAUAUGGCUCAACCUCCCACAUCGUUAUUCUACAGAUUCUGAAGAGUUCAAAGUCCCAGGGUUCCCUGAAAGCUGUCGUUUUCACCGCUCUCAACUGAAUCCAUAUGUAAGAGACGCGGAUGGUACGGACAUAUGGUCCAGAUAUUUGCAGACACAGCUUUCACAGUCUAUUGAGUCUUUUGGGUGGUUGUGUAACUCAGUUGAGGAAAUUGAACCUUUGGGAUUCGAUCUUCUGAGAAAGUAUCUCGGAGUUCCUGUUUGGUCUAUAGGUCCUCUUAUUCCUCUAGCUGCACUUAAGAAUACUUCAUCUUCAACUUCAACUUCAACUUCAGGUUUUUCAUUUUUCAAACAACAUACUGGGAAAAAACCAGGACUCACUCCAGAAAAAUGCAUUGAGUGGCUUGAUUUGCAUGGUCCUGAUUCGGUUCUUUACAUUUCUUUUGGCUCACAAAACACUAUUGGUUUGUCCCAAAUGAUGGAAUUAGCUAUUGGUUUGGAAGAUAGUGGAGUAUCUUUCAUUUGGGUCAUAAGGCCACCGAUUGGUUUUGACUUGAAAAGUGAGUUCACAGCUGAAUGGUUACCAGAAGGCUUUGAAGAAAGAAUGAAACAAAGCAAACGAGGGUUGUUAGUGCGUAACUGGGCACCCCAGUUGGACAUUCUGUCACACAAAUCCACAGGAGCAUUUCUAAGCCAUUGUGGAUGGAACUCUGUGUUGGAGAGCUUAAGCCAAGGUGUGCCUAUUCUAGGAUGGCCGAUGGCGACUGAGCAAGCUUACAACUCAAAGAUGCUGGUGGAGGAGAUGGGUGUGAGUGUAGAGUUAACUAGAGGGAGUCAAGGUGUUAUUGUGGGGAAAGAGGUGAAGAGGGUCAUUGAAUUGGUUUUGGACAAAGAGGGUAAUGGAAAGGAUAUGAGGAAUAAGGCCGUUGAGGUUGAAAAGCAGUUGAGGGAAGCAGUAAGAGAUGAGACAGAUGAUAUGGGUUCUUCAGUGAAAGCAAUGGAUGACUUUGUGAGAAGCAUUCUUAAUUUCCAGGAGUCAAGAGCAAGCAGAGACAAUUGAGGUUCAAAAAUUCCUGGGAAAUUAGGUUGGUUUUUGAUAGAGUCAGCAUCUCCUUGCUAAUUGUGGACCUUAUGUUCAGAUUAUGGUUGAUUUAGUUUUUGGAAUAAUAUUUAUUUUUAUUGUUUCAAUUGUUAGAAUAGAGAUAAAUUGAACCAACCAUUUUUUCUCUGGAAACAAUAAAUUUGGGUGGAAGAUUAUUAUAU